GGCCAUUUUUGAUGUUGGCAAUACCUUUGUCAAAAUAGAUGACUGUUUCAUUUUUUGAGGUUAAGUAAUUGUUCACAAAAAUAAUAGUUUAAAGAAAUAUGACUGAAAGUGCUGGAAAUUGGUGUUUAAUUGAAAGUGAUCCUGGAGUGUUUACUGAAUUAAUUAGAGAGUUUGGCGUUAAAGGUGUUCAAGUUGAGGAGUUAUGGAGUUUAGAUGGAGAGCAAUUUGAAAGUUUAAAGCCAAUUCAUGGACUUAUAUUCCUUUUUAAAUGGACCAAAGAUGAUGACACUAGUGGUUCAGUUGUACAAGAUAGCAGAUUGGAAAAAAUAUUCUUUGCUAGGCAAGUUAUUGAAAAUGCAUGUGCCACCCAAGCUAUACUGAGUGUAUUGCUAAAUUGCCGCCACCAUGAUCUUAAAUUGGGAACCACUUUAUCUGAACUCAAAGAUUUUUGCCAAGGCUUUGAUGCAAACAUGAAAGGUCUUACAAUCAGUAACUCACCAGUAAUCAGAUCAGUACACAACUCAUUUGCCAGACAACAGCUUUUUGAAUUCGACCCCUCCAUGUCCAAUAAGAGCGAAGAUGUGUUUCAUUUUGUUGGCUAUAUUCCUAUUGAUGGCAGACUAUAUGAACUGGAUGGUCUUAAAACAGGCCCAAUUGAUUUGGGUGCUAUUCCAGCAGAAACUGAGUGGACUGAUGUGGUUAGGCCAAUAAUUGAAAAAAGGAUUCAAAGAUACAGUGAAGGUGAAAUUCACUUUAAUCUAAUGGCUAUAGUAAGUGACAGAAAAAUGAUUUAUGAAAGGCAAAUUGAAACACUGGAGAAACAAACUGAAGAGGGAGGAAUGGAUACUGAUUCCCAACAAGCAGAAAUUACAAGGUUAAGAUUAUUAGUUGAUGAGGAAGAUAACAAAAGAAAGCAGUACCAAAUUGAAAAUAUAAGAAGAAAGCAUAAUUAUCUACCAUUAAUUGUUGAAAUUCUAAAGAUAUUGGCUAAAGAGGGAAAACUUAUGCCUUUGUAUGAACAGGCCAAGGAAAGGACUUUAAAAAAGCAAAAAUCUAAAACCGCUUCUUAAGCAUUCUUAAUUUUAUUAAUGUACUGUGUAAGUCUAUUUUUUAUAAAUAAUUUGUAGAAUGAUGUUUACUAAUAAAAAUGCAUUUAAAAAG